AUUUCUGUAUGUAAUCUUAUUUAGUGUUUAACCCGUGGUGAGCCUCGAUGCAUCAGAGGUUUUCCUGAUUUCUGAUUGGUUAAUUAUAUUCGGCGAUCAUAUUACAAUUUUAGCGUCCCUGAUGUAAAUACUUUGAAAAAGCUCUGCAGAUUUUUUAAUAAUUAUCCAGUUUAUUGACUUUCCAUUCUAUUUUCUUGGAUAUCAAAACUUGGAAAAUGAUAUCGGAUACGGAUUAAUUCAGGAAGGUAAAUGUUUUAGCAUGUGAUGAUUGCAAAUUCGACGGAUAGGAGCUGAACAGUCACCAUUCACAGGGGCGCCGCCAUGAUGAUAGGCUAAUCGAUCUUCUUUGUUUUGUUUGUUCUUAUAAAACGUCUUAUAGAGGAUCCAUGGUUAAGAAAAACCGACCAAUCCUUUGUAAAUACUGAUUACUUUUAUCGAUGUAAGAAGGAAAGGACAUAUUAAAUUAAAAAGUUGGUUUUGAGUGGAGAAAUGUCGCUGGGGUUUCAGACACGGUGUGCUGAUGAGAAAAAAACGCACUAAUGUUUUGGUUAUAGGCCAUAGUUUUGUUACACGACUGGAACAACUUUUAGGACGAAGUGAUGCAUUUCAGGCGGAUUUCAACCUGGCUCAGUGUGAAAUCCGAUGCUUCGGUUUUAGUGGGGGAAGAGUGGAAAAUCUACUUAAAAAUCAAGACUUACAGCACUACAUAACGUCUUUCAAACCAGUGGUGAUCAUAUUACAGAUAGGUGGAAAUGACAUUUGUAGUGUAUCUGCGAGACCAGAAACUGUGGCGUGUAAUAUUUCUGAGCUUAUGGAAACUAUGGGAAAGUUUGACUGCGUACAGGUCGAUGUUGUUUGCGAACUUUUCAUCAGAACUCGACCAAGGAAUAUUUCACCACAAAUGUAUGAGGAAAAGCGAAAUAUUAUAAACAACAUGCUACCUGUGUUACUAGAAGGUAGACACAAUAAGAAGUUCAUGUUUUGGCUGCAUCUUCGCUUAAUGAACAGCCCUCUACACAUUCUUAGUAGUGAUGGGUUACAUAUUGCAGUUUAUGUUGUACAUAUAUGCCAUUGCACAUGCCAUUUAACCAGAGAGAUUGGUGAACAGCAAAGAUGUCCUCUAGGCAGCCGUCCAAACGGCGGAGGAAAUAAGUACCCAAGGAGUCGGGAGCGAUUGAACACUCAGAAAAGAAUGAGACGGUGCAAUCCAUUACUGCAGCAGUAACUGCACAAGUUCUUGAAAAUUUAAAGGCAGCGGGACUUUUUCUAAAACCACCAAAUAACAAUGGUGGGACAAAGGACAAUGGUGGAACAAAUGACAAUGGUGGAACAAGUAUAGACUCUGCAAUAAAAAACAGCAACUGUCUCAAAUGAGGGUAUGCGUAAAGAUAACAAUUCAAACGCUAUACAUAUUCCUGCACAGGAUAUUGUAUCUUCUUUUGACAAUAAGAACAAGUACAACUACAAACCCUUAGGGAGGCCAUUGUAUUCUAAGAUAAACACAAAA